ACUCAGCGCGGUUGGUUAGGUAAUCGUUCGCAGUGGAGAGCUUGGGGUGGGACGGUCUGUGUUGUUUUCGCUUUUCAAAAAGAACGAGUAUUGAGAGUGGAUUGUGGACAGCGUGGGACAUGGCCAAGACGAUAGGCGAAAUGACUGCAGGCCUGCCUGUGGUGACGCUGCCUCCCUCCGACAAGGGGAAGCUGAUCGACGAGAGGCGAGAGUCGCGCUGCCUCUCACUGAAAUGGUGUCUGCUCACCGCCUGCUGCUCACUGCUCGCUGUUCAGUUGCUGGCAGUGCUGGUCACCGUCCUCCUGAACUGGGGAAGCGCGCUGGACGGUAGUGACGUCACUACCACCACCAGUCUGCCUCUGAGGACCCAGAUCCCUGCACCUGAUGGGAGCACCGUCACCCCUACACCGGACCCCGGCCGGGUGGGAAACGGCGCUGGUGAAGGCAACACCACCUCUCGCGGCCGACUUCUGCUGGUACUACUGGCCGGCCAUCAGCACCGCACUGACGACACAGAGAGUCCUCAGCGACCCCUGCCUACCAGUCCAGCUCGGUACAUGAGCGACAACUCAACCAGUCAGCACACCCCUCACGGAAAACCCAGCGACACUAGGGAGGAUAACGCCCUACCGAGGGGCGCUCUACUCAAAUGGUACAGAGUGAUGAGUCAUGGACGUCAGAACGGGAAUGAGACAUCGACAGACACGGCAAGAGAGAGGUCUCGAGAGCUACUGGCGCUUCUGAGGAGGCUACACGGGCUACAUCAUAUCACCAGUCGCAACAUGCACAGACAGGCUACAGAUGACGUCACAAGGGGUGCGGAGGCAGCUACAAAUGACGUAACAGGGGGUACGACAGCGGAUCGGAGCAGGCGGGAGGCAGGCGAGGAGCUGAAAAAGGCCAAACGAUCUGCGAAGGUGUGGCCGCGCAGGCUGGAAAAUAUCGGAACACACUGAGAGGACUUUGAAAGGACUUUUUGGGGAAGGAUUGUGUGUCAAAAUGUUUGAGUGCUACAGCGAUUGGAGUGCUCUGUUGGGUCUCGUGUGCACCUGUCAUGUGUCGCUGCGGCAAUGCGCAAGACUUUUCAUAAAUGUAGUUUACUAUCUCCUGUACCGCCCUCCCGCCUGCCGCGUUUCGGGCGUAGUCGCGGUAAAGGUCAUGAUUCCUAGUCGGAAGGUAAUACUGUCCAACUGAACACAAGAAGUUUGUGGUAUUUCGCUGCGGAUGAGCGAAAUGUUGACGCGUGUUAAGUGGAGAAGAUAACGUGCGUGCAAUGCUGUGACACUUUGAUACAUGCUAAAUAUACUACGAUAAACAACCGCG